CGGAGGGGGCGAGCGAGGCGGGGUCAGGAGGUGCGGGUAAACCGCUGAGGCCCCUGGACCCGCAGCUUGUGCGGGAGUCACUGGCCUACCUCUCCCCGCACCACCUGCUAGACGCCCGGGGGCGCUGGGGCCGCAUGCAGUCCUCCGUGUGGGGGGCCUUCCUGGAGUGGCUGUCGCAGUCCGGGCUGCUCACCACCAAAGUACCCAGUCGCAAAGCGCAGCAACCGCAGCAGCAGGGCAGCGGACAAUCUGGGGCGGUUGCGGAAGCAGGCAGCAUUGGCACCGACAGCGUGGGAGCCGACAGCAGCAGCGGCGGCAGCGGUACUGACAACAGCGGCAGCAGCCUCAUUACGUCGUUGGAUGGGCUGCGGUCGGGGGAUGUGGGUGAGCGCAUUCCUCGGGAGGCGGUGGAUGUGGGGC